CGGUUUCCAUGGAAACCAUAAACUUUCUGUUGAGCCGUGUUAAACAUCAACAAAACCUGAAGGUAAAGCCGCUAAAAACUAAACUAUCUGUCUUAAUAUCUCAUACAGCCGACGAAAUAGAAAGUAAUUCAUGACUGGAAAUGUCUUGGAACUUGAACAACCACGGCUUGCCGUUUUUACCGGGAUAUACAUUUCGGGAUGUGACAAAAUCAUCCUUCAAUCGGCGUCAGACUCUGGGCUUUAAGAAUGGCUUCAGGGUCCCUCAUCGCCCCACUGUGGGCAUUGGCCACGAUCCUCUUGUAUCAGAGAAAUUAACUCAACAGGAGCUCAGUGAAUUGUGCUGUGAGACGCCAGGCAUGACUUAUGGCUCCUGUCCCCAGACAGCAUGUGAAGACUUCAUCCCAGCUUAUGUGGCCUUUGACAAAAAGGUGCUGUGCUAUCAUGCAUACUUUGUGGAGGACUUCCUGGAUUCCCCUGAAGAGCAGUACUGUGUGCGUCCUGUUGUCAUUUACUACUACCUUGAAGAUGACAGCAUGUGCAUCUUUGAGCCCACGGUGCAGAACUCUGGGUUAAUGCAGGGGAAGAGGCUCAAACGCCAACGUUUGCCCAAGAAUGAACAUGGAGAGCAUUUCCAGUGGAAAGACCUCAACCUCGGUAUGGACUUGGAGGUGUACGGGGUCAAGUACCACAUCACACACUGUGAUGCCUUUACAAAGGAAUUCAUGGAAAGUGAAGGCAUCAUUCUGAAUGACCCUGAGCCAAUGCCAGUGGAUCCUUACAGCAAACCUUGCAGUAUUUCUGUGCCUCAAUACACUACGCCCUCCCCUUAUUCCAACAUGUAUGAGUUUCCCACCAUGGAUGGCAAGGUGCUGUGCUUCUCUGCCCUGUGGGAUGACACUGACUCUCUAAACGGGGACACCAGGCGGGUUACCAUCACGUAUUUCCUGGUGGACAACACAGUGGAGAUCAGAGAGGUCGUUGAACCCAACAGUGGCCGGAUUCCCUUCCUGAUGCGCAGAAAGAAGAUCCCAAAAAAGUUCCAGCCAGUGCCUUUUCCCAGCUGUGUGAUGGAGAUCUCAGAUAAAGAAGUGGGUCAAUAUUACUCGCCCAAAGACUUUCAGUUAGGUCAAACGAUUAAGAUACUGGGCCGUUGCUUUCUGCUGUGUGACUGUGAUCGCUUCACUAAAGAGUAUUACCAGAGGAACCACCCUGACAUGGAGAUGACACCAACGGAGGUACCAAAGAAGGUUGACAAACCGCAAGAGAAAAGGGAAAUUCCUACCUAUAAUGGUUUUGGUUCUCUUGAAGACUCUCUGCAGAAUUGCUUGUCUUUGAUUCCUAAGCCUCCCAAAAUGAAGUUCUUGAAGAUGCUGGAGAACGAUGGAAAAGUGUUGCAAUACAGUGCCAGGCUGGACUCUCAGUAUCCUCAAGAUGAAGUCCGACGCUUCAUACUGUGCUACCACUUGUCCAACGAUAUGAUCAGUAUUUAUGAAAAGAACACCCGCAACUCUGGUAUCAUAGGUGGAAAGUUCUUGAAAAUGACCCGCAUCCCCAAGCCGGGCUCUACUGUGGAAAAUCCUGAGUUUUAUUCACCUGCAGACUUUGCUAUUGGAGCCACUGUGGAAGUGUUUAGUCACCGCUUUGUGUUGACUGACGCUGACCGCUAUGUGCUCACAUACCUGGAGUCCAUCUCAAGCCAGAUUCCUUCUCAUACGCUGGAUUCUGUGCGACAGAAGCUGGGUGUGGGGAUCUCCCACAACCAGCCAGUUGACCAAAACGGUAAAAGUUCAGCAAAACCCCUCAGUUAUCGUCUGUCAGUGACACCUUUCUUCCAGAGAAGCUGCAGAACUGUCUUCGUGAUGUGAAGGAAAUCCUCCAAGUGUGUGAAUCUAAACCUCUGCAAAAUGUCUCUGAACAUAAUAAACUCUGGAAUUCCUGCA